AUGUCUGAAUCCGCUUCCUUGCCGCCCUCUGCGGCGCAUGAUGACAUUUCCGGAGGCAUCAAGGGUUUCUUCAUUGUUGUCACUAUUGUUACUAUCCUCUCCAUUUCGCUUCGUUUCUGGUCGCGGUAUACCCGUAGCAAUGCAGGACGCGGUGCUGGUAGACAUACUCAGCGUUUUUGGUGGGAUGAUUGGGCAGCUUUAGCGGCCGUGCCCUUUAUCCUCGGCCUCUGCGCACUGGCAUUUGCCAUGGGCUACUUUGGCCUCGGCCGCCACGCUCAAUUUGUUGAGACAAAGGAUCUCUUCAUCUUCCUUAGAUUAUUGUACGCAGUAUACUACGUCUACGACAUCGGCCUCUUCUUCACCAAGACUUCUGCCUUGCUACUUCUCUCUCGCAUCUUUCCCUGGCACGCAAACGCCAAAUGGUUCAACUACACCAUUGUAGCUACUCACUGCCUCAACUGCGCAUGGUUGACAGGUAUUAUCUUUGGGACCAUAUUUAUGUGCAAUCCCGUCCAGAAGGGCUGGAAUUCCACGUUACCUGGACACUGCGGCACCACCAGCCACCUUUGGCUUGGAAGCGCAAUUCCCAGCGUCAUAAUUGACCUCAUCAUCUUGCUCUUGCCCCUGCCGAAGAUUUGGAGUCUAAAAAUGACCACGAGGCGCAAGAUGGCCAUCAUCGGUGUCUUCGUCAUUGGUUACAGUGUCAUUGUUGUUUCCAUUGGCCGGCUUAUUACAGUGCUGCUGACUGGUAGUAGCUUGAACUCCGAUAUUACCUGGUCGGUUGUUCAUCUGGCCUACUGGGUUGGUGCCGAGGCGCCCGUCACCUUGCUAUGUAUUUGCCUGCCGCCCAUGGCUGUGCUGGGCCGCUACCUAGCCAACAACUACUUUUCCAGGAUGUCCAGUAAAUUUAACAGUCUGUUCAGCUCCAACAAGCACAGCGACGGGACUGUGGGAUCGCAGAGCUACUCUGAACAAUACUCGCAGUCUCAAAAUACUGCGAUGCAUUCAGGCUCCAUAAACAAGAGCAUUGACAAUGACGGCCACAGCCUGGAGUCACAGGAGAGCUCUGCUCAUUUAUUUCCCCACGAACACGAGCAUUAUUAUGCUGGCGCCAGAGCGGAUGCCUCUUACUCUUUCCCGGAGAGUCAUGGUAAAACCCCGACUCCAAACUCUGGCAAUGAUUUCAUUCGUGUAGACAGCGUUGUGACUGUCACACAACGCUUGAGAGAAUAG